AUGAAUAAUUAUAACUGGAAUAUAAAGCAAUAUUUGUCUGAAUUUUGUCAUUUCGUUGGUAAAAAUCCCGGGGCCGACGCCGACGUCAAUAUAUUGUUUACGGGGCAGACUCUCUGGUGGAUAAAAGAUGGUCACUAUAACACCAAAGUGAAGGGUUUGUCAUAUGUGGGACAGACCUGUAAUCCUGACUAUUCGUGUAUAAUAGUUGGCGCUCGCGAUGGCUUCAAAUCGCUUGAGAUAUUAGUCCACGAAUUUGGACACAAUAUGGGCGCUCAACACGACGGUGAAGAAGAUUAUGGCACUGAGAGCUGUGAUGGAGAUCAUUAUAUAAUGUCUCCCACUGUUAGUAUCGGUAAGAAUCUGUGGUCCGACUGUAGUCUCAAGAGUUUUCGCAAAUAUCUAAUGUCUUUGGAGAAGAAUGAGGAGAGUUUCAAAAUAAAAUGUAUGUCUAAAGUGACGGCUGCUGUCAGUAAUGACCUGUCGAUUGUGAACAACAAAAUGAGUUCAGCAUAUUCUAAUGUGUGCGAAAAGAUCACCUGUAAGGACGACUUCUUUGCUAUCAAAACAUGGGGUGCUUUGGAUGGCACCAAAUGUGGCCCAAAUAGCGAGUGCCUAAACGGUCGGUGUCGGAGGGGUUCACAACUAGUGAAUAAUUUUGUGAAUAGCAGUCAAGUUAUUGCCAGAAGUGUACACAUAAUUGGAUAA